GGAAGAAGCGGGAAAAGUAAAACCAAAAUGGCGGGAAACUUGUCCGAUACAGUCCUCAAUUCCUCACAACUCGCUCCCGUCUUCCUUUUUGAAUAUUAUUUCCCUCUAAUUUUUGAUUCUAGGGUUUCCGAGAUGUUUUCCAGCACCCAAUUCGAUGUCACUUCCGCCUUCUCCGGCGGUGGAUUUAUGCCCUCCCAGUCAACUCAGCUCACCGAUUCGGCUCCAUCUCCUGCGAAAAGUCGCGAUUCCCAGGGUUUGGUUCCGGCGACAGUGAAGCAGAUAAGUCAAGCUUCUCACUCUGGUGAUGAGAAAUCAAGUUUUGUGAUCGAUGGCGUGGAUGUUACUAAUGUUACGGUGGUUGGAAUGGUGUUUGAUAAAGCCGAAAAGGUUACCGAUGUUGGUUUCAUUGUGGACGAUGGAACAGGCCGAAUUGGUUGUAGAAGAUGGGUGAAUGAGAAUUUUGACACAACCGAAAUGCAGAAUAUACAAGACGGGAUGUACGUUCGCAUUAAUGGGCACUUGAGAAGUUUCCACGGUGUAAGGCAGUUGCUUGCUUUCUCUGUGAGGCCUGUGACAAACUUUGAUGAGGUUACUUUCCACUUCAUUGAUUGCAUACACACCCAUCUGCAGAAUUCCAAAUUGCAGUUGAAGCUGCAAGGAGGUGCCUCAAUUCAGUCUCACAUGGUUGAAUCAUCUGUGAACACACCUGUGCGCAGUGGAUCAAAUGGAAAUCAGACAUCCACAUCUAUCCAAUUAUCCAAGCAAUAUAGCGUCGAUGGACUAAAGGACUGUGAUCAGCUAGUUCUUGAAUAUUUGCAACAAUCUUCAAGCAUGGGGCAAGAAAAAGGCACACACAUCGAUGAACUUUGCCAGCAGCUAAGGCUUCCCAUGGAGAAGAUAAAGGGAUCUAUUAGGUCACUUGAAGAUGAAGGCCUGAUUUACUCUACAAUCGAUGAAUUUCACUACAAAGCAACCUGACAAAUUUGUUAAAUUGUUGCCUGGGAUAUGACUGCUUCUGGUGACAUGAUUAUGUAAUGAAUAGUACUUGCUGUUGGAGACUAGUGAAAAAUUGUAGAUAUUUAUCAGAUCCCUGAACUAAAGCACAUGUUAUGCAUUGUUUUGUCCUUUCAGAUCAUGGAAUUGACAGUCCAAAGUUCAACA